AUUCCGCGGUAGCGGUGGCCGCGGUACGGCGCCGCGUCUGGGGAGUGGCUCUCUCCACCCUCUCCCCCGCAGCUCGGUGGCGGCGGCUCCUCCUACUAAAGGGGUUGGCGCGGCGGCGGUGGCAUCUACGGCCAUGGCGGCGACUGCUGCUAACCCCGAAAUGACAUCAGAUGUACCGUCACUGGGACCAGCCAUUGCCUCUGGAAACUCUGGGCCUGGGAUUCAAGGCGGAGGGGUUAUUGUCCAGAGGGCUAUUAAGCGGCGACCAGGGCUAGAUUUUGAUGAUGAUGGAGAAGGCAACAGUAAAUUCUUGAGGUGUGAUGAUGACCAGAUGUCUAAUGAUAAGGAGCGGUUUGCCAGGUCGGAUGAUGAGCAGAGCUCUGCGGAUAAAGAGAGACUCGCCAGGGAAAAUCAUAGUGAAAUUGAACGGCGGCGACGAAACAAGAUGACAGCCUACAUCACAGAACUGUCGGACAUGGUGCCCACCUGUAGUGCCCUGGCUCGAAAACCUGACAAGCUAACCAUCUUACGCAUGGCAGUUUCUCAUAUGAAGUCCUUGCGGGGAACUGGCAACACAUCCACUGAUGGCACCUACAAGCCAUCUUUCCUCACUGAUCAGGAACUAAAACAUUUGAUCUUGGAGGCAGCAGAUGGCUUUCUGUUUAUUGUCUCAUGUGAGACAGGCCGAGUGGUAUAUGUCUCUGACUCUGUGACCCCUGUUCUGAACCAGCCACAGUCUGAAUGGUUUGGCAGCACACUCUAUGAUCAGGUGCACCCAGAUGAUGUGGACAAACUUCGUGAGCAGCUUUCCACUUCUGAAAAUACCCUGACAGGGCGUAUCCUAGAUCUGAAGACUGGAACAGUGAAAAAGGAGGGUCAGCAGUCUUCCAUGAGAAUGUGUAUGGGCUCCAGGAGAUCAUUUAUUUGCCGUAUGAGGUGCGGCAGUAGCUCCGUGGACCCAGUCUCCAUGAAUAGACUGAGCUUUGUGAGGAACAGGUGCAGGAAUGGGCUUGGCUCUGUGAAGGAUGGAGAACCUCACUUCGUGGUGGUCCACUGCACAGGCUACAUCAAGGCCUGGCCCCCAGCAGGUGUCUCUCUCCCAGAUGAUGACCCAGAGGCUGGCCAGGGGAGCAAGUUUUGCCUAGUGGCCAUUGGCAGAUCUCAGGUAACAAGUUCUCCCAACUGUACAGACAUGAGUAACAUUUGUCAACCAACAGAGUUUAUCUCCCGACACAACAUUGAAGGAAUCUUCACUUUUGUGGAUCACCGCUGUGUGGCUACUGUUGGCUACCAGCCACAGGAGCUCUUAGGAAAGAAUAUUGUGGAAUUCUGUCAUCCUGAAGACCAACAGCUUCUAAGAGACAGUUUCCAACAGGUGGUGAAGUUAAAAGGCCAGGUGCUGUCUGUCAUGUUCCGGUUCCGAUCUAAGAACCGAGAAUGGCUCUGGAUGAGAACCAGCUCCUUUACUUUCCAGAACCCUUACUCAGAUGAAAUUGAGUACAUCAUAUGUACCAACACCAGUGUGAAGAACUCUAGCCAGGAACCACGGCCUACACUUCCCAGCACAAUCCAGAGGCCACAGCUAGGUCCCACAGCUAAUUUACCCCUGGAGAUGGGCUCAGGGCCGCUGGCACCCAGGCAGCAACAACAAACAGAACUGGAAGUGGUCCCAGGAAGAGAUGGACUAGCCAGCUACAGUCAUCCCCAGGUCUCUGUUCAGCCUGUGACAACCACAGGACCAGAACACAGCAAGCCCCUUGAGAAGUCAGAUGGUCUGUUUGCCCAGGAUAGGGAUCCAAGAUUUUCAGAAAUCUACUCCAGCAUCAGUGCAGAUCAGAGUAAAGGCAUCUCCUCCAGCACUGUCCCUGCCACCCAACAGCUAUUCUCCCAGGGCAACACAUUCCCUCCUACCCCCCGGCCGGCAGAGAAUUUCAGGAAUAGUGGUCUGGCCCCUUCUGUAACCAUUGUCCAGCCAUCAGGUUCUGCAGGGCAAAUGUUGGCCCAGAUUUCACGCCACUCCAACCCCACCCAGGGAGCAGCCCCAACUUGGACCCCCAGUACGCGCCCAGGCUUCUCUGCCCAGCAGGUGACUUCCCAGGCUACAGCCAAGACCCGUUCUCCCCAAUUUGCUGUGGGCAACUUUCAGACUCCAUCCUCCUUCAGCCCCAUGUCCCUCCCUGGUGCUCCUACUACAUCACCUGGUGCUGCUGCCUAUCCUAGUCUCACGAACCAUGGAUCCAGCUUCGCUCCUGAGACUGGACAGACUGCUGGACAAUUCCAGACACGAACAGCAGAGGGUGUGGGUGUCUGGCCGCAGUGGCAGGGCCAGCAGCCUCAUCAUCGUUCGAGUUCUAGUGAGCAACAUGUUCAGCAGCCAUCAGCACAGCAACCCGGCCAGCCUGAGGUCUUCCAGGAGAUGCUGUCCAUGCUGGGAGACCAGAACAACAGCUACAACAAUGAAGAAUUUCCUGAUUUAACUAUGUUUCCCUCCUUUUCAGAAUAGAACUGUUGGGGUGAGGAUAAGGGGGUGGGGGAGAAAAUCACUAUUUGUUUUAAAAAGCAAAUCUUUCUGUAAACAGAAUAAAAGUUCCUCUCCCUUCCCUUCCCUCACCCCUAAUGUGUACCCCUUUUCCCUUCUGGCCUUUCCCCUAACCCUCUCGCCUCUCUGAGAUAACAUUUGUAGAUGCAGUGGAAUGAAUUCCCAAGGCUUUUGGGGCCCUUUGAAAAACUGAGGCUAAACGAGGUUAAGAAUGCCUUUCCUUAUGUCUCUUGACCAGAACUUUGUGCAGACAUGAUUUGUGCUAGGGUCAAGGGGCAGAUUAGAGGAACCUGGCACCCACUAUUUGCCUUGGAUACUAUGGCAUGUUUUUGGAAAAAAUUCUGAAUAGGGUGGAAGAGAAUUGUCCUCGUAUUUGAGGACCAUGAAACAUGGUAGGUAUAUAUGGGAUUUAGGAAGUGAGCAUAGGCUCUUUCUCCUGCCUAUGAGCAGUUCCUCUGGAAAGAAACUUGUGAGUGAGUGAGUGAGACUGUGUGUGCGUGUGCGUGUGUGUGUUCAUGUGUUUAUUCCUUUUCUCCCUCUUAGGGAGUUAUGCAAAAUUUGUCCCAGAGUUUAUCUUUGUCUUUCUGUGUGUUUUUCAAAGAGUCCUAAGGAAUUAAAUCUUCCAGGUAUUUCCACUUAGUAUUGCAGCCAAAGAGUAUUUAAAUAAAUGUCUUUGCUGCACCUACAUCUAUGCCGAGAUAAUAUGCAGCUGUGAGCAAAUGUGUAGUCAUUUGUUGAUACAGUUGGUCUCUCAUCAAACAUUUAGUGAUAAGGCUGGGCCAUUCCUGCUUUUGGUGCUCUCACCUUAUAUGGAAGAUCUGCAGACAUUACAGAAAUGGGCUGGCAAGAUAAACACUUUAGAAACCCCAGACUUGGCCAUAAAGACAAUGCUGCAUUUCUGUCAGAAUCACAUAUGAUGUGUAUUCUGUAGACGUUAUUUCUGCGUGGAAACUCAACUUCUUGGAUUAGCAGUCUGAGUGAAAAUCCAGCUGUUGGGGUAUAAACCAAAUACCAAGCCCUCUUGCAAAGUAGCUUCUUUCAUCCCAUCCUCAGUGUUCAGUCAGACAACAAAUGGAAAUUUAGGUCUCUCCUGGACCUAUAGCUCUUUGCCUCUUCCCUCCAAACUUGAGAUUGGAUGUUGCUUUAGAGUGUAAGUGUAGUAAUUCCAUGUGAUAGAUGGGGCCUGGAUUCCCAUCCCAACAGGGUCACUUAGUAAUUAACGAUAGCCAUAUAAAUGCAGAUACAGGUUAUUACUCUCACCCUUUACCUUCCUCAGGUAACAAUCACGUGUAACAGCCUUUUUUUAAAAAAAUUGGCUCAGGCCAGUAUCUAAGUGCAAGGCUGAAUAAGGAGAAGACAUAUUAAAUGUAGCCAUAGGGGACUGAGGAGCACAGAUGGCCUUGGAGAGGCUAAGGGAAUGUCAUUUACUGAGUUUCCCUCCCUUUUGUCUCCAGUCUGGUGCCAGGUAGUAGAAUCGAGUAGGGGACAGUUUAUUUUUUUAUUCUAUGUGCACACAUACAGUAUACAUAUAUAUUUAUACCACAGUUUAAGAAACCAAAAAGUUGAGUUUCCAAUGGAAUCCUUGUUUUUUAAUAAUUGACUGUUUUUAAAUGUGAUCAAGACUAUAAUAUUGUACAGUUAUUAUAGGGCUUUGGGGGAAGGGGAGGGUAGGGAGAAGACGCUCUGGGGGUUUUGUUUCUUCUUUUCCUUCAGGGUUUUAUUUUUGAUUGUUUAAUUUUUUUCUUGUUGGCCAUUUCUGUACUGCUGGCAUCUGUGCUGAGCCUUACAGUGGCAGAAAUAAUGACAUGUAGCAAAGAUUUUAAAAAACAAAAUAUUUUUUCCUUUUGUAAAA